UCUACUUUCUAGUACAAUUCCAAAGCAAACAGGGCAAGACAAAUAAGCCUGACUCGCGUUCGUUUAAGAGGUGUUUUUCUCAAAUCCUGGGUAGAGAUGGCUAGAGAUCUUCAUGUGGUGAUGCUUCCAUGGUCUGCUUUUGGCCAUUUGAUACCAUUCUUUCAACUCUCUGUAGAUUUAGCCAAAGCUGGAGUAAAAGUCUCCUUCAUAUCAACCCCUGGAAACAUCCGAAGACUCCCUAAAGUUCCUUCAAAUUUAGCAACCCUGAUAGACUUUGUAGAUUUUCAAUUGCCAAACUUAGACAACGAACAACUCUUGCCAGAAGGUUGUGAGGCCACGGUGGACAUUCCUUUCGAGAAAGUUCAAUACCUGAAGAUUGCAUACGAUCUGCUGAGACACCCGGUCAAGCAGUUUAUCUCAGAUCAACGACCGGAUUGGAUAUUCGUGGAUGCAAUUCCUUAUUGGGUGGUUGAGAUUGCCCAAGAGCACCAAAUCCCUCUCAUUAAUUUCUCAGUUUACUCUGCUUCUGUAUGUGCUUUUCUUGGAAAUCCAACAUCCCUUACUGGUGAUGGCCAAAAGAGAAGGAGGUUUUCUCCAGAGAGUUUGACUUCACCGCCUGAGUGGUUUGAUUUUUCUUCUUCAUUGGCUUACCCUAGAUUCCUAGCGACUGGCAUGCACGAAGGUUUUUAUGGAGAGAAUGCUUCUGGAAUAUCUGACGCUGAAAGGGUUGCUAAAAUUAUUCAGGCCUCUAAAGCUUUUGCUGUCCGUACUUGUCCUGAAUAUGAAAGUGAAUACUUGAACACAUUGGAGAAGAUAAUUGUCAAACCAGUGUUUCCAAUUGGCUUGCUCCUACCAGAAAAACCUCAAGGAAGAAGAAUUACCACUGACAACUCAUGGACUGAAAUCUUUGAGUGGCUUGAUGUACAAAAGCCUAAGUCAGUUGUGUUUGUAGGGUUUGGAAGCGAGUGCAAGCUAAGCAAAGAACAAAUUCAUGAGAUAGCAAAUGGACUGGAGCUAUCAGGAUUGCCAUUUUUAUGGGCACUUAGGAAGCCUGAUUGGGCUCUUACUGACCUUGAUGCUUUGCCUUCAGGAUUUAGUGAGCGUACUCACGGAAGAGGAGUUGUCUGCUUUGGUUGGGCACCACAGUUGGAUAUAUUGGGACACCCUUCAAUUGGGGGCUCUUUAUUUCACGCUGGAUGGGGUUCUAUUAUAGAAACAUUGCAGUUUGGGCAUUGUCUGGUGGUGCUACCAUUUACGAUAGACCAGCCCUUGAAUGCAAGGCUAUUGGUAGAGAAGGGUUUGGCUGUAGAAAUAGAGAGAAGUGAAGAUGGAUCGUUUAGCAGGGUUGGUAUAGCUGAGGCUCUAACACUUGCCAUGGUGUCCAAAGAGGGAGAGGGUCUAAGAGUCCGAGCUAGAUCUGAAGCAGCUGAAGUUUUUGGGAACAGAGACCUGCAAAAUUAUUACUUCAAUGGUUUUGUCGAGUAUCUGGAGAAAAAUGGAGCUGCAAACCAGAGGCCAUGAUCCUCCAAGUUCAAACAUUAAAAUAAACAAGGCUUUGUUCAGUUACUAGCAAGCUUUUUCCCAUUAUUGAGCUGUUAAUCUAGAAACUUUUUAUAAGUAGAUAACAAUGUAUGGUUCUUGCUAUUUUAUUUCAAUGUCUACUUAAAUAAUUAAACUUCGACUUAAAUUGAUUUUUAGCAAAACUCCAAACGAUUUGAGAUGAUCCCAUCUAUCUUUUAUUCGGGUGGUGGGUCCAGGAGAACCAAUUUUUUCUUGAUUUACUCAUGUGGAUACAAUGUAGUUAAAAAUUAAGAAGGUAGAUGGUAUACAGGUGCAAAAUCAAACGACAAACAAAGAAAAUACAGGCAAAAGCCUACAAGAACAUAGAAAUUAUGUUCUUAUGGGAAAUGCAAGGAAUUGGACGCCUGCAACCACUAUUACACUAUUUGUCUUUGGUACAAUCAUUAUUUAUUUUAUUAUUAUUGCAUAAAUAUUAAAUUUAACAAAACUGAUUUUUAAAAAUAUCCUAAUAAAC